CUUUUAUUUUAAAUUUUUAAUGCGCAAGUUGCCGUUUCUAUUUAAAUUGGUAUCGAAUUAUUGAUUUAAUUCUGUUAGAGCAUAAAAGAAAAAUAAGAAAACAUUCCUGGUUUUAGACUGAAUAAAUAUUUUUACAAAGACCACAACUGCACCUAUUUUUCGUCAUGGAAGAAGUUGAUUCAAUAAUAUUGCAUUUCCUGAGACAACUGAAUUUGACCAUUGAUGACAGUGUCAAAAGUAUAUGUGAUCUACCAGUAGAGAUUAUUAUUGAGGCCGUUUCAUCAUGCCUCAGUGUAAUAAACCCCACUAUUAAGGUGCCAAAGAAACUGCCAUUUGGGAUAUCACAUAGGAUAGAAGUUGCAGCACAAAUAGCAUCAUUGUGCAAGGACUUGGGUUACAAAAAUGAUGUUGGAUAUCAGACAUUUCUAUAUUACAAUGAGACUGAGUUGAGGCAAGUGUUUAUGUUUCUCAUAGAAAGACUUCCAAAUGAAGGCAAACAAACUACUGUCAUGGCCACUGUACCUACAAAUAAAAAAUCUAUUCUGAUGCAUGACAUAAGUCAUAAGAUUGAUGAAGAAUUUAAAUCUAUUUGGAUUCCACCAUGUUGCAAGCCUCCACUUGGAAAAGUAGGAGAUUUCUCCCCUCCAGGGAAAAUUGGCAUUACAACGCAUACAAAUCUGAUAGAAGAAGAAAUUGUUCAGAAGCUAAUUAAAAUAAAAGAAUUAUGCAUGCUUGACCAUGUACCAGUCUCAGUAAUUCCGCAAACUAACCAAGAGAAUAAAACUCAUUCCGAGAGUAAAGAUAAAAGUGAAUAUGAAACUGAUAAAUCAUUGAAGGAACUGAAAGAAAUAGCGAUUAUGUUACGUCAAAAAAUGGACACUCUUGAUAGUGAAAAGAAUGUAAUGGGGGUUGAGUUUUCACAGGCCCAAAGAUCUUGUGAAAGAGUUCAAGCGGACUUGAAAAAUGUCGAAAAUAUACUUAGUAGUAUUGGUUUAUCUGAUUAUCAAGAUGGAGCUACUGAUAGCUUGUUGGAAAAUGCAAAAAAUAUUAAUCAGUUACAUCAUAAAAGUGAAGACCUUAUGUCAAAAAAUUUGUCUUUGAAAAUGCGAAUUGAUAAAGUAAAGAAUGAUAUGAGUUCUUCUGAGUCUGAAAGAAAUAAAUGUAAAGCAAUUUUGAAUAGCUUAAAAGAUAGUAUACAAGUAAUGAGGGAUGAAUAUGAUAAAAAAGUAAUACAGCGACAGGAACUAAAGGAUAGUUACGAAAAAUUACGUGGUGGAAAUAAAAGGUCAAUCUAUACGAAACGUAUAUUAGAAAUUAUUUCUAACGUCGAUAAACAGGAUAUGGAAAUAAAGAAGAUUUUGGAAGACACUAGACAGUUACAAAAAGAAAUCAACUCUUUGGAAGGACAGUUAGAGCGGUGUUUUUCUAUCGCUGAUGAAACACUUUUUAGGGAUGCAAAAAAAGAUGACCAGGCAAAAAAGGCUUACAAGUUACUAGCUCUCCUACAUUCUGAAUGCAACACAAUUGUGUCUCUUGUAAAUGAUAUGGGUUCUUUGCAGAGAGACAUAGUGGAUUUGGAAGAAAAUAUCAAAACUGAAACAGCAAAGAGGACAGAGGAUACAUUGAAGAAAAUUCAGUUAGAUCUUACCAAGUUGCAGGAAGAGUGUUAAUUUAUAAUAUUUUUUACUGAUUAUAUUAUGCAUAAUAAUAAAAAUAAGUCAGUAUAAA